AUGUCGUUUUUAUGGGACUGGUUUAAUGGAGUGCUCAACAUGCUGGGAUUGGCCAACAAGAAGGGAAAAUUGGUAUUCUUGGGACUCGAUAACGCCGGAAAGACAACACUGCUGCACAUGCUCAAGGAUGACCGAAUUGCUCAGCACGUACCCACGCUUCACCCUACUUCCGAGCAAAUGUCUUUGGGAGGAAUCUCAUUCACCACAUACGAUCUCGGUGGUCACGCUCAAGCACGACGAGUCUGGAAAGACUAUUUCCCAGCUGUGGACGCUGUCGUUUUCCUUAUCGAUGUGGCAGAUGCAGAGAGAAUGCAAGAAAGUCGUGUUGAACUCGAAUCCUUGCUCCAGGAUGAACAAAUCGCUUCGGUUCCAGUUCUUAUUCUCGGAAACAAGAUUGACAAGCCAGGAGCAUUGAGUGAGGAUCAACUCAAGUGGCAGCUCAAUAUUCAGCAUAUGUGUACUGGAAAGGGAGACGUUUCACGAAAUGAAAUGGCUUCCCGGCCGAUGGAAGUGUUCAUGUGUUCUGUCCUCCAACGUCAAGGUUAUGGAGAAGGAAUUCGUUGGCUCGGACAAUACUUGUAA